CACAGCAGUGAUUGUGUAACGACCAGAGAGCUUCAGACAGGACUGAGAGAGGAAGGACACUCAAAAGACCAACAUCAUGUCAGAUGAACAAUCCUCUGUAUGCCCCGGGUGCCAGGGUGAAGGGUCUCUCCUACUACCCUGCGGGCACAGUCUGUGCCAGGCUUGCCUGAGGCUGUGCCAGCGUGAGCUCGGGCCGGACCACCAGGGCUGCACGGAGUGCUAUGGGCGGGAGCUGAUGGACGGCGUGUUGAAGGGCCUACUAAGCUCGCUCUUUGAAGGGCAACCUCGUCGGGUGGGAGUGGAGGGGCGCGAUGGACAGGAGGAUGGGAAACUGUGUAGACAGCACGGAGAGAAGCUGACACGGUACUGUGUGGAGGAUGAAGAGCUGAUCUGUGAUCUGUGUCAAGAAGACGAACAUGACGAUCAUGAGUGUAACUUUGUACAAGAGGCAACGGCAGAGUUUAAGGGGAAGCUCCGAGAAGCUCUGAGACCCCUGCAUGAGAAACUGGAAACAUUAAACACAACUAAACAAACCUGCCAGGAAACAUCAGAACACAUCAGGAGACAGGCACAGCACACGGCCCAUCUCAUUAAAGAGAACUUUGAGAAACUCCAUCAGUUCCUGCACGAUGAGGAGAACUCAAUGCUGAGAGCUCUCACUGAGGAAGAGGAGCAGAAGACCCACAGGAUGAAGGAGAAGAUGGAGAGAUUAACAGAUGAGAUUAAGACAUUAAAAGAGGUCAUUGGUUCAACAGAAGAGGCCAUGGAUGAAGAUGAGCUGCUGUUUAUAAGGAACUACAAAAAGACAUCAGAACGGUUGAAAUGUAGUAUACAGGAUCCAGUGGAAAUCUCAGAGGCUUUGAUCGAUGUGGCCAAACACAUUGGAUGCCUUAAAUUCAAAGUUUGGGAGAAUAUGCAGUCCAUUGUCACAUACACUCCCGUGAUUCUAGAUCCAAACACGGCAGACGUCUGUAUAUCUCUAUCUGAUGACCUCACCACCAUCCUCUACUCUGAAGAAGACCAACAGGUCCCUGACAACCUUGAGCGCUUUUGUUUCUAUGAAUGUGUUCUGGGCUCUGAGGGUUUCAGUUCCGGUCGCCACAGCUGGGAUGUUGAGAUUGGAGAGUGCAGCGAAUGGGCCCUGGGUGUGGUAGCAGAAAACAUACAGCGUAAGGAAUGGUUUCCCCCGAGCCCUGAACGCGGCAUGUGGACCAUCUGCUUCUAUGGUGAUGAGUAUCGUGUGCGGACGGCAACCAACGAUCCUCUAAAGUUAAAGAAGAAACCUCAGAAGAUACGAGUUCAGCUGGACUGGGAAGGUGGCAGAGUAAUGUUCUCGGAUGCCAGCGACAACACCCUGCUUUACAAAUACAAACACAAGUUCACAGAGAAACUGUUUCCUUAUUUCUCCAACACGUGUAAAAGGUAUCCAUUGCAUAUCUUAGGAGAGAAGGUGUCUGUUUACACCGAGUAAAUCAGAGUUAACGUUAACCUCAAAGACUUAACUAAGAUGUCCAUAUGGUAAACACGAUUUUCAAAUGAUGAUGUUUUCAUGACUGUAGGGCAAAUUUUAAAAAUUUAAUGGAGCAUUAUAGCUGCAUACAGGAGUAAAAUCUUGGGCAGGUAGCUGUAAAGUCAUAGGUAUACUGAUAAUCCGAGUUUGGGUGAGAGGCCAUGGGGGCACUGCCCCCCCAGACCAAAGCAAUUAUUACUGAAGGCUAAAAUAGUUCAAAUUCAUUUAAACCAUAUUUAAUUUCAAACUAUUGCAGUACCCUUGGUUGCCUAUAGGUGCCCCAUAAGCACAAACACGAAACUGCAUAUGGGUUCAAUCCUCUCAAUGUUUGAGCUUAUAGUGCAUAGAUUUAAGACAGGAAUUGUUUUAUUAGGUUUUGACUGACAGUAUAUUUUUUUUAGCAAUUUUGACAUUUUGUUUAAGUGAUUACAAAUAAUUUCACAAGCCAUUCCACCAAAUCUGUAACAUUUGCAUGUUGUAACUUGUCAAAAUUGAAGUAAAUUUUUUAAAAUCUUUUUUGUCAAAAUUGAAGUUCAUUUUUAUUAAAUUUUUUGUCAAAAUUGAAGUUCAUUUUUUAAAUCUUUUUUUAUCAAAAUU